UGUGUCAUAUCGCAGUGACUUGUUGUGACCAUCAGCUGGAGACACGGCGGGUCUGAACUUCGCCUUUACGCCGAUCGUCACCUCGCAUUCACCCGCAUCAUGGCUCAUCCUCCCUCGAUUUAACCUAAGGAGGGACCAUGGAACAGCCUGGUCCUGCUUCAGAUGCACACAUCAUGGAAGGAUUAGAGGCCGAAUCUGUGUCUGAGGGAUCUCCCCUUGUGGAUCAGCUCAACAACAGCACAACCAACGUAGAAAAUGAGGAACAAAUAAAUCACAAUGGUGCAGUUGAGUCAGAAAUGGCAGAAGAUAAAGCACAGAUUGAAAGGGAAUUAAUCAAGAGCACUACAUGUGUUGACACUGACACAAAGACAGAGAUGGAAGCUCUACCGUGCAGUCAGGAACAAUUGGAGGGGAGUGAGAUGUAUGCUGACACUGGCUGUAAUAACAGUACAGUUUCUAUGGAAGACGGGAUAUCUUUAUUUUCAGAUGAGGCUGGUGGAGCUUUGGUUGCCCUUGACACCUCUUUAGACAAUGUGGUAGAAAACUCUCCCUCUGUUCUUGAAGGCACAACAGAAACCUUUUUAACUUUUGAUCAAGCUGACGUUCCAAAUGCCACAACUCCAAACUGCAAUGAUCAGCCAUUAGACUUGGUUACAAAUUGCUCCACUGAAGCAUUGCCUGCUAAUGCCGAUGAUGGUUCAGUUGAAAGUCCAUCACCUUCUUCUGUCCAAAGCACUUCCAAAAGCUCCUCUACUGACUCCUCAACCACUUCUGGGAUCUCGAAUGGCCUCUCAACCCCUAGUUCAGACACUGUCAGCUCCUCACUUGCUUCCAGUCCACAAACCAGUGCCAACACCUCAGCCCCCUCACAGUCCACGUCAAGCCCGUAUGACACAGAUUGCAGCCGGAAGCUUAUUUCCCAAAUCCAGCGUUCGCUGUCACAGGAGUCACUGCUGGAUGAACUAGAGUCAGAGCUUUUCAACUGUCAGCUGCCUGAGGGUGAAAGUGGAAGCGAGAGAAAAGGGAGCCCCCCAGUCAAUGGACUCCCCACAGACCAGGAGGGCUGUAUGAUGGUCUUUGAGAAGUGUGUCCAGUACAAGUAUGCACAACAGGAGAAAGCUAUACAGAGGCUGCUUGAGGACAACAAAAGACAUCAAGAGCUGAUCCUGGGUAUAUGUUCAGAGAAGGACAACAUGAAGGAAGAGCUGAAAAAGAGGGCCGAGACAGAAAAGCAACACAUGGCCACCAUUAAAAAGUUGGAAGGCAGGGUGGAGGAGCUACUCAGAGAACUGAAGGAGUCACGGGAAAAACUAAUUCACCAGGACCAGGCUGCUAAGGCUGCCCUCCAGCAAAUGCAGAAGGAGAUGGCCUUCCGAUUAGAACAGACGAACAGGAAAUGUGAUGAGGCACGCCAAGAGAAGGAGACCAUGGUGAUGAAAUAUGUGCGGGGGGAGAAAGAGGCCCUCGACCUGAGACGGGAUAAGGAGGGUUUGGAGAAGAGACUAAGGGAGGCCACCAAGGAGGUAGAUCGCCAGGCGCUCCGGGGAAAUCAGCUGGCUCAGGAGAAAGGCCGGCUGCAGCAGCUGUAUGAUGCUAAGGAAGGAGAGGUCAGCAGGGUGACUCGAGAGGUGGAAAAGUUGAAGGAGGAGAUCAACUCACAUCUUAUUAAGGUCAAAUGGGCCCAGAACAAAUUAAAGAGUGAGGCGGAUGCACACAAGGAAACUAAAGACAAACUAAGAGAGACCACGUCCAAAUUGGCCCAGGCCAAAGAGGAGACCGAACAGAUCCGCAAGAACUGCCAGGACAUGAUCCGAACCUACCAGGAAUCGGAAGAGCUCAAGUCCAACGAACUAGAUGCUAAACUGAGAGAGACCAAGGGAGAGCUGGAGAAACACAGGCAGGAACAAACAGACCAAUUAGAGGUACACAGAGUGAAGGCCAAAGAGCUGGAUGACCUGAAGAGGAGUUACAAAGAGGGCAUGGAUGAGCUCACGACUUUACGCACCAAGUUAAAGUGUUUAGAAGAUGAGCGUCCGCGCUGGGAGGAUGAACUGAGCAAGUACAGGGAGAUCAUCAACCGGCAGAAAGCGGAGAUCGGCCGCCAGAAGGAGAAGAUGGAUGAGAUUACUUCUCUCCAGGAGCAGCAACAACGAGACAAACAGGAGAUCACGUCUCUGCAUGAAGAGGUGGACAGCCUCACCAACCAGAUGACUGACCUUCAGCGUGAUGUGCAAGGCAGCAGGGAGCGCGAGGCGGAGUUACUGGGCUUCACAGAGAAACUGAGCAGCAAGAACGCCCAACUCCAGUCAGAGAGCAACGCACUGCAGUCUCAGCUGGACCAGCUGACCAGCAGCUUCACAGAGCUCCAAGCACAGCUGGAGGAGACCAAAAGGCUGCUCGAUGACAAGUCGCGACAGCUGAAACAGGAGGAGGUGCUGCGGCAGCAGGAGGUGCAGGGUCUGCAGGAGGAGCGGACAGCACUGCAGACAGAGGUGUCCCGGCUAAAAACCAGAGUCGAAGAGCUGAGAGACGAGCUGGUGACACAGAAGAGGAAACAAGCUGCCAACAUAAAGGACCUGACAAAACAACUGACACAAGCCCGUAAAAGACUGGAGCACAUCGAGAAUGGAGGCUGCGACAGGGAUGCCAGCAGUAUGGGCAGUCGCUCUAGUUCCUCAGGUACUGCUCCUGGAUUUGGCUCUUUGAAUGCACGUCACGGUGGGAGCGGUGGCGUCGAAGAGCGGUCGCCAGAGAGCCAGUCGGGUCCUUCAGUUGUGGUCGUGGACAGCUUCCCAGAGGUGGACAAGGCUGUGCUUGUGGAGCGCAUUGUCCGUCUACAGAAAUCACUUGCUCGCAAGCAGGAAAAAAUUGAGUUCAUGGAAGAUCACAUCAAGCAACUGGUGGAAGAGAUCCGCAAAAAGACCAAAAUUAUCCAGAGCUAUGUGCUAAGAGAGGAGUCAGGGGCCCUGUCAUCAGAGGCCUCAGAUAUUAACAAGGCCCACCUGAGCCGGAGGGGAGGAAUUAUGGCUUCGCUUUACACCUCCCACCCUGCGGACAGCGGGCUGACCCUGGAUCUGUCGCUGGAGAUCAACAGAAAGCUGCAGGCCGUGUUGGAGGACACACUGCUGAAGAACAUUACUCUGAAGGAGAAUCUACAGACACUUGGUGCCGAGAUCGAGAAGCUCAUAAAACAGCAGCGAGAUCCUGAUGACGGAGUACGGAGGAAGUGACACGACCACGUCACGAGAAAAGAGAAAACAAACGACUACUCGAGGAAUCUCCAACACACCAUGUUUUUGAAGGGACAGCAACAUUUGAGCAUUUGAGACACACACACACUCGUUCCUGCAGCGUAUGAAGGAGCAAACUGAAUGUCGUGAAGUGCCAGUAGCACCUCAGGUUGCUUUUCGGAGAACCUCUGGUUUUUAUUUUUUUUUUGUCCGUCUUGUGGAACAUAUCUGAACUUACUUGAAUUCUUCCAUCUACAUGGUUCCACCUCCCAUUUCCUCCUCCAACACAACAAAUCUUCCUCUGGCUGUGGUCCCUCUCCCCUGAGCUGAGCCAAGAUGAAACUAUUCGGGCCAGCUCCAGCUCUGACUGCCUUUAAAAUGAAUCGACCCAAGAUGCCAUAGUCAUGAAUGUAAAACAAAGUCUAGCUGGGAUGUAGUCGCAAAACAUUAAACGCAGAUCUGCCAGUGAAUUUAUCAUAAAAACUAAUUUGUUCCCAAAUCCAUUUCUCUCAUCACAGCACAUCACAUUAAGCAACCUAACAUGAGAUGAUCACCGGCCAGUAUGCGCUCUUUACUUCUCUUCUGAUGUCCAUCUGCCAAAAAGCCAAAUGUAUUUAUGAGAGGCUGCUUCUCCCGCUUCACUACGCAGCUAAAGAGGGGAAACGCAUCACUCCUGACUCCUGGGAACCUUGUACGCCAUCGUUUUUUCAUCAUUUUUUGCUCUGCACAGCACUUACGACCCAAGCUGGCGAGGCGAGGAGCCUCACGUCAGCGGACUCACUCGUGUGUGUGACACCGGUGCUAGAUAUAAAGAAGCAGACUCUAUCUAUUUGGUCAGUGUGAAGGAAUCAUACUCUUACGCAGGAAUGGAGCAUACACAUCAGAGGCUGCAGUGGAAACACCGCUCAGUCACUUCGAAUGGAUCGACGUUGUGCGUCGAUGAACUGCAUUGUGGAUCAAUCGCAGUAGUUGACAAGAGUUUUUGUAUAUAAAGAUGGACGACAUGUCUUCAUCCUUCCACUAUGCAGAAAUGAAGCUGAAAUACUUGUUUCAUCUUGUUUUCAUGGCAUCAAAUAACUAAUUAAAACCAAACUCACUGAAAGAAAUCAACACUUGAGCAUAAAUCUGUGUCAGAAGAACUAAACUAAAUUGACAGAAAAACGUAUUUGACUUUUUACUUUGCAGUUUGGUCCCCGUCCCGUACAUUAACCUGGAGGAGGCAAGAAUUUGACCUACAGUGUUGUUUGAUAUUUGGGGAGCUGGCAUGUCAUCAAUCUUUAUAUA